UCGUCAACAGCCGCCCCCCACGUCGGGACUCGAACUCGCCUCGUCGGCGUCGUGACCACGUUGUCUAUUGUCCGGACAGUCGCGUGUUCGACUGAGUCACGGGGUAGAUGUUGUAUUCGAGCCUUAUUUAAGAAGUUGUCAUCGUCUCGAAAACCCAGUGAACUUGUCUGUAAAGACAUUCUUCGGUUGAUUACACCAGAAGACGACGGCGGACUCCUCUUAACCAGCUGUGGAUUGGCCGACGUUCGUCGAGUCAAGACAACUUGUGAAGAAGAAAUGGGAGAAUCUGGUGUCCAAGACGAAGCGAAAGGUGCGGAAUGGUCACAUGACGCCCGACCUGGACUGGAACGAGACGAACACUGCUGUCAUGCAGUUCUUGGCUCAGCACAGCCCCGCAAUGCGCUUUCGCUACUCCACCGGUCAAGUGGCGCCGGCUGUUGGCGUAGCCGCCGACAUCUCGAGUGCGCUGGCAGCUGCGGCUGCGGCCGCGGCUGCAGUCGCCGCUUCUGUCACCACGACAACCGGAACCAGCCCGAUUGA